UAGGCCGCCUGGUCAUAUCUCAUGUGCGGACACCCAUGGCGGCCUUUGAUCGCCGCGAUUGGUUUCAUCGGCUCUUCGGCUUCACGGAGGAGGGCUAUGAGAAGACCCAGGCGUCCUUCGUAGUGGAAGAGGAUGCCGAAGACCCUAAAAUGCUGCUGCUCAAGAGCUUGGGCAACGGGGCCACCUUCCGCGCGGGCCACUUCGACACGCCCAGCCUCGCCGAGCUCCGGGCGGCCAGUUCGCCGAGCUCCGUCACCGGGCAACGGCUGCGGGUGAGAAACGAGAUUGGCGAUGUGGCGGCGAAGCACGCGCUGCCUGAAAACCGCCUGGCCACGUUCCAAGUGGCGUCGCAGUUCAACUGCCUGGAGUUUGUGGGCCCCUCCGUGGUGCCCGAAGACGGCAUCACCGGCUAUGUCAUGGACCGUACACAAGGCCCUGCCUGUUCGAUCGCCUGCGGUCCGGCCACCGUCGUUCGGAACUACUUCGCUCCACUGGGCGGCUCCGUCGGGCAACGCCGGGGGAGGCAAAUCAACAACCUGCAAGACUUCCUUGCAGAGUUGGAUGAGCUUUGCAAUCCCACCGCACCCGAGUCACAUGCUCUGGGUACUGCACCCUUCCUGCGCGUCCGCAGCGGCUACACUGAAGCAUCCUUUCGUGAGCUGCAGCGGCUCAACCGAGCGCUGAAGGGCCUUUCGGAGGAGCAAUUGGACCGUCUCAGGGGGAAGCUCCGCAUUGGUCUCCAUGAGGAGGUCCAGGUCACCUCCACCGCUUGGGGCGCCAAGCUGGUGCAUCCUUCGGCCAACCAGUUGGUCACGCAAGUCUUUGGUUCAGCCUGCUCAGUGGCCUACAGCCGGGAUAGUUCGAGAGAUGAUUGGGAGCCGGUGGCCAGGUUGAUCUUAGAGGCCUCCUACGAGGCCACGCUGCUCGCGGCCUUGAAGCAAGCGAUCAAGCACGAAGGCCGAGAGGGAUCCAACCGAGUCUUCCUCACAUGCCUCGGAGGAGGCGUCUUUGGCAAUUCCAUGGAGUGGAUCCUGGAUGCGAUGCGCCGAGCCUUCCUGCAGCUCAAGGAAGCUGAUUUGGAUGUGAGGAUCGUCACCUAUGCAGGUUCACCAGGGCCCCACUUGCUGCAGCUCGAGCGGGAAUUCGACGGAAGAUGAGGAAGAUGAGCAGAACUGCCCAAAAUGGGUCAGUUGAGGCGGUUCGCCCAUGCUUUCAGGGCAACAAGGAGGCCAAAAGGAUUGCAUUUGGGUGACGAGUUGGUGUGGGCUGUAGGCCGGCAUGUUUUUUAUGCGCAUAGAAAUUCAGGGGGGAUACCUUGCGUGACUGUUGCUGUUGUAGCUCAUCUUGCC